AUGUCUUCUGUUAUCCAAUCUGCUGCCGUUCUGGCUAUUUCAACCGGAAUUACCGCCGGAACUUUUGCUCUUGAACAUCUCUGGUUGAGAGAUCUUCUUGACUUGAAUCUCUCUUCUGCUACCAUCAAACCUUUAACCACUUAUCCUACUGCAUUCUAUGUUCGGCAGGAUAGAAAAGAUAAGGAGAGAAACAUAAAGGUGUUUUCGGCUGACGGAACCCAGCUUUACACCUUUGAAAGAUUAUCUUCCCACAAUCCAGUUUGGACCAUGCAGACCUUCCCUCAAAGAAGGGAAGUAGCCACAAUCAUGAUUGGCUUUGUUUCCAGAUCGGUAGACUUCCACAACAAACCAGAAGUGGCCCAUCGUGAGAUCACUACUGAAUUUGGCUUCAACGGAAUGUCCAGAACUUUCUACGUUCUGGAUGGUGCUAAGUACCAAUGGACUACCGGCUCGAAGUUUUUGGAGAGAGUGGUCAAUCCUAAUGGAAGAACGGAAGAAAUCAGAGAAAGAAUCGCGAAGGUAAAGUUGAUGAGGCAAUUCAGGCUUGAUUUUGAGGUUCUAGUCGACGAAGAACAGAUCGACAGAGAAAUCGCCUUGGCCACUGCUUUCACCUCAAUGUUCACCCAAUGGGGUGUUGGCGAAGUGACUAAGACUAUUGGUCCAACAUUCAUUCCACCUAAACCACUUGCUGAACCGGUUAAGUCUGAAGAAGAAGAAGAUGAAGAAGAAGGAAAUGAAAUUGUGUUGGUAGUUGAGAACGACCAAGAAGGCGAAAUCACUUUUCAGCAGUAA